AUCAGCGGCCACACUGGUGACAACCAAAACGAACAGCGAAUUUCUGAAAAAUAUUUACAUAUAAUUGUGUAAGUCGUCGCUGAGGCUAAAAAACGAACCCGAAAUAUGACUACAGCCGCACGUCCAACGUUUGAUCCCGCCCGCGGUGGCUCGGGGCGUGGCGAAAAGGAUUUGAGCGCUCUGAGCAAGCAGUACUCGAGUCGCGACUUGCCAGGCCACACCAAGCUGAAGUACAGGGAGCCUGGACAGGGCACCACCGAGGAGAUCCGCAGCCGCGACUUCCGCAAGGAGCUGGAGGAGCGCGAGCGCGAGGCACGUCCUGGUGCUGCCUCGGGCAAGGCCCUGCCCUCGAUCGUGCGCAAGGCCAUCGAGGCCAACAAUGCGGGCGGCAGCGCCAACAAGCGCAACAAGGUGGACGGUCAGGCCCAGCUGCUGCUGCAGCAGCAACAACAGCAGGCCAAUCUGGAUGCGGACGAGGCCUUGGACAACGAAAGCUCGGACUCGGACAGCGACUCGGACGACGAUGACGCCGCCCUGCUGGCCGAGCUGCAGAAGAUCAAGCACGAGCGCCUGCAGGAGACAGCCCGACGCGAUGCCGAGAAAAAUCGCGAGGACGAGCGCAUCCGCAUGGAGAACAUCCUCUCCGGCAAUCCCCUGAUUAACUACGAGCCGGGCACAGCCGCCUCCGCAGCCGGACGUGCCUCCGGCCUGGGCGGUGACCUCAAGAUUAAGCGCCGCUGGGACGACGACGUCGUGUUCAAAAACUGCGCCCGCUCGGCGCCCGAGAAGAAGACGCACUUCGUCAACGACGCCCUGCGCUCCGAUUUCCACAAGAAGUUCAUGGACAAGUACAUUAAGUAGGAGCCGUAGCAACCCAGGAGCUAGAAUUUAAUUACAAUUGUCUGUUAACGAUUAAGAACGAGAAGAUUUUGUGUAACUUUCGGCUGCUUUCUGCGGCCAAUUAAUUAAAUUUAAUAUUUUUGUAUACCACCUA